UGCUGCAUUACCCGUCUAGCCUACUGGUCAGGUAUCAUAAGUUUUGGCCCAUGUAUGACAAAGAAAGCAGCUCGCCAACUCCGGCCGGUGAACUGUUGCCCCCUGCCUCCCGUCACAGCUGGCCUGUUAUGUUAUACCUAGUAACCUGCCCAACUUCACUGCCGGAUGAUCGCCACAUGCAGCAGGCACAUCCACUUGUCGUUCAACGCCCCCGACCUCAGCGAUGGUUCCCAUGACGCAAGCCUCCAAGGCCAACGACAGGACUCUUUUUCACCUGGUCCCGACUAACCAGGCCGCCAAAGAAGCCCUGGAACACCCCGACAACCGGCGUUUUGUUUCGCCUAGUGCUCCCAAGUCCGGGAAGCCCGGGCUUGAAAUAGGCUUCCAUGUCCCUCCGUUCUCUGGCGGCCAGGUCAUCACCAGACUUGGUCGCAACGCCGAUCUAAUUCUCCGCCAGACCUAUUCGCGCGUCCAUGUUGCCUUCGAAAUACAUCCCGUAACACACGUCGUCAUGCUUUCAGUUCGAACGAAGCAUCUGUCGUCCGUCACCGUCACCACAGUCGAGAAGCGACGGAUACAGUCACAGCAAAUUUCCGGGGAUUGUGCCAUUCUCUAUGGCCGACCCUAUGUCAUCAGCAUUCCUGUCUACGAAUUCCUAUUGCACUGGCGCGAUGUCGAGAACGAGGACAACGUUCAGGCUCUGAAGGACUUAGCCAUAAGGGAGUACGAAGACUCUAUGAUGCGGCUCAAGAACGUCAGAUCACGCGACCUCUCCGUCGGUCCCGACAUCUCGACGUCAGAUUCGUGGUAUAUGACAAGACUGCAAUCUGCGAAAGCCCCUUUGGUCACCGAAGCCCGAUACCGGCGUGUCAAGAUUGGGGGAGGCGCGUUUGGCAAGGUGUAUAAGACAAUGGAUGUCAAGACGGGGAAUCUCUUUGCGGUCAAGGAGGUCGACCUCCAAAGGCAAAACGGUCCAGGGCUCGUUGAGCUCUCCCGAGCCGCGCUUUACAGGGAAAUGAAGAUCCUGGGGAAGAUCUCGCAUAACCAUAUAAUCGAAUGUCUCGGGACAAAGGACUUCCACACCGACAAGCCGUUGAUUUUCAUGCCCCUGCGUGAGGGCAACCUUGCCUCGCUUGUUCAGAAUAUCACACCUUCCGAUGCUCUCUGCACCCAGGUUCUGGAGCAGAUGCUUAGCGCUCUGGACUACCUGGUCUUCAAGAACUUAUGUCAUCGCGAUGUCAAGCCUCCAAACAUUCUCUACAAAAGCCUCCGCCAAGACAAAUAUCACUUCGAGCUCGCUGAUUUCGGGUUCGCAAACGACAUCCGCCUCGCAAACACCUUCUGCGGAACGAUGUUCUAUCUUGCGCCAGAGGUUCAUAGUCAUGGUGUUCAGACUCCGAAACUGGAUGUUUGGUCCCUGUUCGUUACAAUGCUCGAAAUCCACCCACAGUCCAAUUUCCCGCCACCGGGUGUCACGGACUACCUUGAUAUUGUACGAGCCGUUCAGGCGCAUCAAGGCUGGGACCAGCUAAAGCCCAUGGCCAGAAUGGAUCCAGCGCGCAGAGCAUCUGCGGCUCAGAUGCUUGUGAGGAUAUUCAACGGGCAGGGUCUGACGACGCCAAGGAACGCGAUUCCUGAGCUUGAGCCAGACAUCCCAGCACCAGCAGGAGCACUCGUCCAACCAACAUCUCCGCCAGCGCCUCGGCCCCGUAUCAUCGAAUACCCCCGGACGCCGCGCACCACCCGGCGGCCGGCACGGCCGACCCCCUCACAAGGCAUCCUCGCCAACCGCGGAUCCCCGCGGCCCCUGCCACCACUCACACGCCCUGACGAGCGAGACCAAGAGAACAGCAGCAUGCCAUCUCCGCCCGACUUCACAGACGCUCCCAAGCGCGCGGCAGUGCGGAGUGCGAAACGUCGGCGGGUUUCCAGUACCAGCGAGGAGGCGACAGAGGACCGACGACCCACAAAGCUGCGGACCUCAACCACCACGGCACGGUCAAGUCAGCCGGGCCUGAGCAUAUCCGACCCCAGACGACCAGCCCAAAUAGCCGGACGCCGAAAACUAAGGCGAUCGCCACGUCUCGCCGCCUUCUCGGGAAAGCCAAAUGGCUGACCUUUCACGUUGGCGAGGGGCCUGCGAUGUCGGUGCUCCUGCCAUUGCCCCCGAGUUAGCUAGCCGACGUAGGCUUUAGACGUCAUUCGCGCCGCCUGCAUCGGCACGACCCCGAGACACUGCCAAAUCUACCCGUUGUGAGCAGCCUGACCAUCAAGUCAAUGUCGAACGGCACCGGCGCCGAAAAUGCGACAGACAUACGCCUUCUGUCUCCCCUCGUGACGCUGCAGUGCCUCGUCCACCUGCCGGCUGUCCAAGAGUGGAAUGCCCCCUGGUUGUGGGAGCGGCCCAUUGCUCCCUAAGCAUGACCAGUCGGUGACCCAGCCGAGCCUGAUCCAUCCCGCGGAUAAAGACCCGGUGUUUGUCGGCCUGUGAAAAACGC